GAGUCUGACAAGCAUCUGGGUCGUGGGAAGGAAGGGGGAAAAGCCAAGGAAGCGAGGGGUAUGAGAGAGUGAGCGAAAGAGAGUCCCAGAGCCAGCGAGCAGCACCAGUGUCCCAGUGCCCAGCUCGUGCCGGCCCCGGGUGCCUGCCCCAGUCCUGUACUCUCGCUGCCCCAGGUGCGGGCUCCCGUCCUGCAGGCGCGCGCAGCCCAGGGCUCGGCCCUUGCCUGCAGGUGCCCGCCCGGCUCCAUGAGCACCGCGCUCUACAGCCUCGACAGCCCGGCAUGCUACAGAAACUGGUCUAUGGAGCCGGCCAACUUCUACGAGACCAAUAAGGGCGGCGGCGGCGGCGGCCCUGGGGGUCUGGGAUCCUCCUGCAAGCCCGGCCGGGGCCCCCUAAGCGGCAGCGAGGAGCACGGCGGCAGCGGUGGGGGCGGAGGAGGAGCGGGAGGCGGCGGCGGCGGGGGCGGCGCUAACCUGGCGGAGCUGAGCGCGGCCGCCCCGGCCAUGUACGACGACGAGAGCGCCAUCGACUUCAGCUCCUAUAUCGACUCCAUGUCCUCCGUGCCCAACCUGGAGCUGUGCCACGACGAGCUCUUCGCCGACCUCUUCAACAGCAAUCAAAAGCCCGACCGCGGGGGUGGCGCGGGAGGCGGCGGGGCCAGCCACGCCAGCGCCGGGGACUACGAGUACCUGCCCGGGCACCCCGCGCACUCCCACCCCCAGGCGCAUAAGGACUUCGCCAGCGCCAUGGCCAGCCUCUUGGGCGCUGGCACCAGCGCGUCCCCGCCGGGGGCUCUGAAGCAGGAGCCCGACUGGAGCGACAGCGACAUGUCGUCGUCCUUGCUGCCCUCGCAGAUUGCCACCUGCGCGCAGACCAUCAUGAACCUGUCGACGGCCGGCCAGCCCACCCCGCCCACCUCCCCGGAGCCUUCGGGCUGUAGUUCCAGCUCCAGCUGUUCCAGCGGUCGCUCCCCCUCGGCGCCGCAGCCGCAGCCGCCACUUCUAGGCAAGGAGAAGAGCGGCGGAAGCGGCGGCAAGAAGUCUCUGGACCGGUUCAGUCCCGAAUACCGGCAGCGGCGAGAGCGCAACAAUAUUGCCGUGCGCAAGAGUCGGGACAAGGCCAAGAAGCGCAACCAGGAGAUGCAGCAGAAGCUGGUGGAGCUCUCCUCUGAAAACGAGAAGCUGCACAAGAAGAUCGAGCAGCUGACCAGGGACUUAACAAGCCUGAGACAGUUUUUCAAACAGCUGCCCAGUUCUUCCUUUCUCCAGGCCGGCACAGCCUCCUCGGGCAUUGACUGUCGGUAACUGGGACCCAAGCGGGGGGGUGUCGGGAGCUGUCGAGAGGGACAGGGAACGGGGCCGGGGAUGGGGGGGGCGGCGCGGGGUAAAGGAGCGGGUGGGAAAAGGGACAGAGACGAUUAGUGAAACUAUCAAUACCUCAGAGACUCCAAAGAUCACCUUGUAGCAGAAAGUACCUACGUGUUUUCACAGCCUGUUCUGUGGCAUGCGGCAAGAAACGUGAAAUUGUUGCUGGUUUUCAGUUUCUUUUGAACGCGGUAGCUGGACGAAGCUACACUCUGGAUAAACUCGCAACCAAAACUGCAAGAGAAGCUAUAAAAUGUUUUCCUUAAAUUAUUUUUGUAAUGGUAGCUUUUGUCUGUCUGUUUGUUUUUCUACAUCUUACUCCCGUUGAUGCAGCUAUGGUACAUUUGUAAAAAAGAAAAUGGUUAAAAAAAAAAACACCCAACAACCCAACCUUUGUAUUGUAGAUAAGAGGAAAAGCCUGAGCAUGCUCAACUUUUUAUAUUAAUUUUUACAGUAUUUCUAAGAAUAAAAAAAAAAGCAUUUUAAAUCACUCCUGCUUCUUGUAUUCACAGUGACCUGGUAGGGAAAGGCCACAGGUGGACCCACACCUCUGGCUGUAGCAGGGAGAGGCUGGGGCAUACUCCGGAGAAACUUGCUUGCACCGACUUGCAGGUAGCUCACGUGAUCCCGUGGUGUAAAAGUUCAUUCCCCCGUGGCUUGGGCGAGUGAGUCAGCCCAGAACUCUCAGGAGCUCCGACUCCCCUCGCCGGGGCGGUGGAACUGCGUGUCUGUAUUAGCAAAGGGGGGGACGCAGCGUCUGUACUUCCGAACCCAUCACAACUUGAAUAAUAUUGGAAAACUAUUCAUUUGGAUUACUGGCCAAAAAAAUAAAGCCCGUGCCCCCCCCCCCAAUGUAUAUUCAAAUAUGCCCUGGAAUAUACGUUUUUAAA